AUGGACCCUGCCUGGCACCCGGUGCCUCUUAUACCCACCCUGGGCACGUCCCCACAGCUGCUGGCCUUGCCACCGCAGCCUUGGGAGAUAGGGUUGCACCUGGUCCAGGAGUUGGCCGCGCUCUGCUACCGCCGGCGUGUGCCCAUGGUGCCCUUUGGCACCGGCACCGGCCUCGAGGGCGGUGUCAAUGCCGUGCAGGGCGGCGUCUGCUUCGACCUGAGCCGCAUGGACAGCAUCGCAGAGCUGAGCCUGGAGGACUUCUCGGUGACAGUGGAGCCCGGUGUCACCCGCAAGGCCCUCAACAGCCACCUGCGUGGCACCGGGCUCUGGUUCCCUGUCGGUACUGCGGGCAUGGGGGUGCCGUGGGGCUGGGGGUCACACCACUGAGGGUGCUGGUAGAGGGGAUGUCUUUGGGCUGGCGAUGCUGGGGGGUCCACGGAUCUGCCAUGGUCCCUGAGUUGUAGCAGGGAUGCCCCUAGGACUGAGAGUGCCAUGGACCCAGUACUCUGGGUCCACAUGAGGCUGGGGUACUGGUGUCCCAAAGGUGCUGGAAGGAAUGGGUGCCCAGGACCACCAAGGCUGGGGGUGAGGGCUACCACCCUCUCUAUCACACCAAACCCACAGCCGUCAUGGUGGGCCAUGAACCCUGGCAAUGUGCUGUGAGAGAUGCCCUCCCCACCUCAAGCCAGGGCCAGAGUGGCCCCACUGCCCUGCACUGCCACCCCUCAGUUCCCCCACCCCCCACAUGCCCCAUUAAACCUCUGUGCACCAGCAGUCUCCAUUGGCUACGAGAUCUUUUAGGGGGACAGGAUCCCCCCAGCCCUGCACCAGGGGCUCUCUCUCGCCUCAGCAGGCACACACAGAUACCCAGGAGAUGGAGGGGGUUUGUAGGCAAAUCUUUAUGCUGCUGGGGGACUUGGGGCCAAGUUUUGGAGGGGGCUGCCACGCGGUAGCUCCGGGAACCAGCGGAAGCUUCCCCUGUGUUCAAAAGGCACCAAUUUCAGUUCGCGUUUCGGUUACAGCUGGUACUGUAUCACACCCCGAGACGUGAGAACGCACAGGUUAGGCCCUUCCUGCCCCAG